GCUACACCUGCGUCCGCAUCCUCCCUCCCCUUGUUCACCAUACACGCCGUACAAUAUACAACAUUCUAGCAGGAUACAGGACCCCGUCGGUCCUGUAUCCACCCGAGCUGAUAUCCUAGGAUUAUUCUCCGCAACGACAGUCAUAUAUACACCUGUUAAUAGAUCUGGGGUGCUCCAUACAUGUGGCUCCGGCUCAUACGAGUGUUGUCAGGCCACACCAGGCUUGCUGCUUCUCAAGAGAGUCGGAUAGGAGACACGUACAGGGUUCGCCAUUAGGCAGCCGGGCGCCAUUACAAGAUGUUCCUGGCACGAUUAGUGACCUCAGCGCUGGUGGCAGCUACAGUUGGCACUCUCCUCAGCGGUGCCACUCAAGAGGGCCAGGAGCUGAUGAAGGCCGCAAGGGAGGGUGACCUGGACGCCCUGAGGGCGCUGCUUGCCGAGGGCGCCUCCGUUCACUUCAGGGACGCCGCAGGUCAGACGGCACUGCAGGUGGGGUCGAGGAGAGGGAGUAUGGCACUCGUCAAGGCACUGCUGGAACUCAACGCCGACGUCGACCACUCCGACAAUUGGGGCAAGACGCCCCUGCACGAGGCUGCCUGGUUUGGACGUCAGGACGUAGUCGAGGUCCUGCUCCAGGGAGACGCUGACCUCACCGCCACCGACGAUCAUGGUAAGGGGCCGCUGCACGAGGCUGCGUGGCUGGGUCGGGACGAGGUCGUCGAGACGCUACUGGACCACGACGCAGACGUCGCCGCUGUGGACAACAACGGUCAGACGCCCUUGCACUAUGCAGCAGAGCAGCAGAAGGCUCUGGUGGCGGAGUUGCUGCUCGCUAAACAGGCUGACACUGAGGCUAAAGACUUGGAAGGACUCACACCACUCCACUACGCCGCGUGGUUUGGGCGGACUGAGGUCGUGGCUGUGCUGUUGAAUCACGGCGCUGACAUCUCUGCCAGGGAUAACUUAGGUCAAUCUCCACUCCACUACGCCGUCGACCACAAGGAGCUGGGCGUGGCCACAAUGCUCCUUAACCACGGCGCCGACCCAGACGCCAUCGACAACAACGGAAACACAGUGCUACACUUGGCCGUUCGAGACAGGAACGUUAAUAUGAUCAAGAUUCUGUUGCUUUUCUGCCCAAAUUUGACCCUUCGUAACCACCAGGGUAAGGGAGCAGCAGACGUCGCCCAGGAGAGAGGACUGUACGCCAUGGCCACCCUUAUACAAGGACAGAGGUCGACGAAGUGUGUGGUGGAGGGCACCUCCUGCCUGUCGGAGGGCGGCUCAGGUGUGGCUCCCCUGCGUCACCUCACCUGCAGGACAGGCACCUGGAGGCCCCCGGCACAUCCCCUCGCUCCAGACAGCCUUGACUGCAAGGUCUCUGGGCAGUUGUUUCGACACGGGUCUCGCUGGCAUGACGGCUGUCGGGAAAACAGAUGUGUCCGAGGACAGGUGUGGAAGGACGAGGAAGUGGCAGAUACAUGCUGCCUGGUGGAGGACGAGGAGCACCGCCCGGGGUCCACCUGGCUAGAGGGUUGCCUGCUCCUGGGUUGUGAUGCAGGCCACGCCACCACCCUCGCCCUCUCCGCCUCCUGUUGUCGGGGAGGUGACGGCCAGGUGUAUCCCGAAGGCCACACCUGGCCCGAGGGUUGCCAUCUGCAGGUGUGUCAAGAUGGACGGCCAACACCCACAGACGUCUUACCCUCCUGUUGCAGUGUGAGAGGUGAGGUACACGGUGAGGGGUCCCGCUGGACCCUAGGCUGCUUCCACCUGGUGUGUGAGGAAGGUCAGACACGUCGAGACGGUCUUCUCUUUGCCUGUAAGAUGUUAUUCCUGGUGGUGGUGGUGGCGGUGGCGGGGGCUGUCGUGUCUGUGGUCCUGGCCAUCUCCGUCUACCGCACUAGAAGAACCCGACUCCCUCGCCAGGGUCUCGAACCCAAGCCUCAGGUGCAGCUCCCGUCCUUCCCGGAACACAACAAGCAGAUGUCCAAGAAGAUCCUGGAGACAGAUCACUGGAAGACUUCGAGGCAGCUCAGAAGUCGCAGUGAAGAGUGAGAUAGAUGUGGUGGUGGAUCUUACAUCUCGGAAGAUAAAGCUCACAGGACUGUGUUGCAGCGUCAGAAGACUUCUUACAGCUAGUUCUUACAAGCUAGAGUUUGAUGCACGAAAGGUUUGUGUAAAAUUAGCGGUAAUCCACAAGUUACCGUGAGGCAUGACAGUGACCAGUGAUGACUAGCGUGACACAGCCUUCCUGGUUGUCAGUAGACAAGUACGUGACGAAGGAGGAACUCCUGGGUUGUCUAACCUUUAUAUAACUUACCUGAGUACCCACGAACACUCUCUCAAGUUUCAAAUAUACUUUAUAUAAAUAAAAAUUAUUAUUAUUAUUGAGACAAUCCACUCGAGCUGUGAUGACGAAUCGAACCUAUGCGUUGGGUGUUCCCAGCUGCACGGUCUAGUCGACCACGCCACGUCAUGGUAAAAAGAAUUGCAACCUAGGGGGUACUACUGCGCACUCGAGGAUUCCCGAGACUUCCACUGAAUCUGAAAAGGGGUUUGAUUCCCCCCCAUUCACUCUGGCUCUAUCGUCCAGUAGUUCUAUCGUCCUCUGACGCCCCCUUUUCAAUACACAGAUAAUUCACAUUAUUAUUAUUAUUAUUAUUAUUAUUAUUAUUAUUAUUUAUUAUCUUAGGAAAGAUUCCCGACGAUGGCCGGUUUAUAUAAUAAUGGUAUCAACUUUUCCAAGUCUUCAGGGCGUGUGAUAUGAGUGACGGUUUGAGGGGAGACUCGCCCAUCCGCACCCUGGUGUGACCAGCAGUGAGAAGAUCGUUGCUGAUUGAUUGAUUGGUAAAGAUUAAGCUGCCCAAUAAAGGUGGCACAGGCAUGAAUAACCCGUAAGAUCGUUGCUCUUCGUGGCUGACGUGUUUGUGUUACAUAUACCACACAUUCAGGUUAUGUGUGAUAUAUAUGUAUUGUAGUAAUGAUUUGUAUAUAUAUAAUAUGUGAUUUUCGUGAGUAUCUGAUUGAAACUUCCAUGUCUCUUACCUAACCAAUUGAAGUGAACGGUAGAGCGACGGUCUCACUUCUUGCAGGCCGGCGUUCAAUCCCCGACCGUCCAAGUGGUUGGUCACCAUUCAUUCCCUCAAUCCUUCUCAUCCCUCUUAUCUAUUCCAAGUGCUAUGUAUAGUCGUAAUGGUUUAUAGUGCUUCCUCCUGAUAACUACCUUACCUCCCGUGUCCCCUUUGAGUGCUGCAGUGAUAGGUAACAGUUUAACUAGGUCAUAAAUAUGUGAAGUAUGGGUUGUUCUUGCCUUAACCUGGAGUCACUCAACUGGACGACCAUGUCCUUCUGUCUUGACUGAGAUUGUGUACACCGUUGAGUAAAGAGAAUCACACCGUGUGUUAAGAUUAAGUUACUUAGUAAAUUAACUGUUAAAUGAGCACA